AUGACCGUCGCGCCCUUCAGUCCAACGAUCUCCAGGGUUGUCAUCUCCACAUCGGUCAAUACUGGUAAGAGACUGAGUCCAGACUCUCCCUUUUUCCUACGAGUCCAGCCUAUCAAGAUUGUCAUCCUUUGCAGUGAUCAUCCUCCCUUGGAGGCGUCGAGCAACAAUAUGCUCCAUCUUGCCGCAAGAUCCGCCUACAGUACUUGUCCAAGCGUGCAGGGAUGA